UUAAUAAAUCUCGUAAUCAGUCCGAGUCCAACUCUUGUCACAACAUGUUUACUAAAUUUAUUAUUGUUUGUGUCGUUUUGUGUCAACUUAAAUACACUGUUGGACAAAGCUCUGUUGGAACAACGUGUACAACUCCUGCCCAAACCCCAGGAACAUGUGUAACUAUUAACGACUGCCCUGUUCUACUAAAUUUAUUACUAACUCAAAGCAACAAUAAAACAGUUCGUAAUUAUCUCAGAUCUUCCGUGUGUGAAAACAAUGGUCGAAAUCCAGUAGUGUGUUGUCCGCUACAGAGGUCUGGAAUUCAAAAUGAUAAUAACGCUCCUUCAAAUCCGGGCAGUGUUAGAUUGCCCAGAAGCCCAAACUGUGGCUUCAGCAAUACCACCACUCCUAGAAUCAUAAAUGGUGUUCCGGCUAAACUUGGUGAAUUUCCUUGGAUUGUGGCUUUGGGUUACAGAAAUGCGAAAAACCCAGACUUACCGAGGUGGCUGUGUGGAGGUUCUUUGAUCACUAGUAGACACAUACUGACCGCAGGACACUGUGUAUAUAAUCAAUCAAAUUUGUAUUUGGCGCGGAUAGGCGACUUGGACUUGUUUUCCGACGACGACGGUGCUAGUCCAUCUACAAUACCCUUGACCACAGACAGAAAAGUUCAUGAAGAUUUUAAUCCCAGUAAAUAUAGCAACGAUAUUGCUAUACUUACUUUAGAAAGGGAAGUGAACAAUCCCACGGUUUGGCCCAUUUGUUUGCCCUUUAUUGAACCUUUUCGAUCCAUGAGCUACUUGAAUUUUGCUCCCGCUCUUGCCGGAUGGGGAUCGACAGCUUUUGGUGGUCCAUCCAGCGCAACCUUGCAGCAAAUUUUCGUCCCCGUCUUGAGCAACCAAAUCUGCGAACAAAACUUUUCGAGGGCUGCCACAAUAGACGCGCGAAUUAUAUGCGCCGGGUCGUUAAAUGGGGACAAAGACGCUUGCGGCGGGGACUCCGGGGGCCCCCUCAUGCACGAGAUAAACGAAGGAACGAAUUACCGGGUGUACCAAAUCGGAAUCGUUUCGUACGGCUUUCGCUGUGCGAGUCCUGGAUACCCUGGGGUGUACACCCGAGUGACAGCUUUUGUGGACUGGAUACAAAAAAAUUUAGAUUGAAGUGAACUCUAAUCGAUUAUAUUAAAAACUUAAAGCUUAAA